AUGCCUAUUUGGUAUGUCAAAACGUUCUCACCUUUAGCGACGGACACGUCUGUGCAUGUUUACGACACACAUGGUCAACAUGAUCCACCGAGCGUGUUGUUCCGCCCAGUAACGUCAUUUUUUCUUGGCUGCCGCAUCACAAGCGCCGCAUGGAGUCCAAGCACGCGCUGUAUUCGUGACUCAGAUGAUGCAGAUUCGUGGCAGAUCGAGAUCCUGGUGGCAACGGAUGUCGACGAAUUACGUCUGCUGACAGCAAGUUCUGAUGAAGACGUUCCUACAUCACAUAAAAAAGUGGCCGACUUACAUGCGCGUGUCCUCGAUGUUGCAUGGUGUGGCUCAUCAGGAUAUGAAUCGUUCGUCGCCACAGCGUGUGCGGACGGCGCAGUGCAGGUGUGGAAUUUGGAGCCAGAAAAUAGUUCUGACUCGGCCACAUGUCAAACACACUAUCUGGACAGUGCUGUGUUGAGUGUGGCCUUCCAUACAAAAAUGCCCAAAUUACUGCUAGCUUUUGAGAGCGGUGGGGUAGGCUAUUGUAUUGACUGGCUCGCAUCCAGAGAAGAACUGCGCACGACAGCGUCGUUUCAUGAACCCAUGACUGUGGGACUCCAUGCGACACAGGGAUAUGAUGCACAGGGAGCAGCUGCAUGGCAAUCACAAGAUGCGGAUAUUGUAGGAGCGUUGCUCGGCACGCGUUGGAGUGUAUGGAAUAUGAGCAUGGGCCAUGUGCCGGUGGCCAGUGGUCAGUUGCACCAAACGAGUGCUACAGGAUACGGAGGGUUUCGAUUCUGUCCCACGAAUUCACGCCUGUUUGCAGUGUUUGUCUCUACACUCUCACAUCAUGUACUGGCACACAGCGGCUAUUCGACAAGCACAUCUGGUCUUGCUGGAAGCACUGCUGCGGUGUAUAUAUUUGAUUCAGCUUUUCCCUCAAGUCCACGGGCUGUCGAUGUGCACCGACAGACGCCGUUGCGUGGUGGCUCCGUGUCGCUCGACGCGACAGGCCAUGACGACUCGGCGACGUUGCCAACCGCAUAUGGCGUGCAAAGUAUUGAUUGGCUUCCUCGUCGUGUAGGCCCGUACGAUGUGCUUUUAGUAGGAGUGGGGCACCAUGUCGUGCCAAUUCCGACAGCUUGA